UCUAUUUCUCCAUUUGCAGCAUCACUCUUGUUUGAAAUCAUGGAAAACUGGAAUAUCACUGCAGAUUUCAUUCUCCUAGGUCUCUUUAACCACACUGGAGCCCACCGAUUUCUCUUUGUGUUGGUUCUUAUAAUUGCCUUCACUUCCCUAGUUGGCAAUGCCCUCAUGCUUCUCCUGAUUCUCCUGGACCCCCGACUCCACAGGCCCAUGUACUUCCUACUGAGCCAACUCUCCCUCAUGGACCUGAUGCUGAUUUCCACCAUUGUGCCCAAAUUGGCUGUUGACUAUUUGACCGGCAGGAAGUUUAUCUCCCCUGCUGGCUGUGGGUUCCAGAUCUUCUUCUUUGUCACUUUAGGAGGGGGUGAGUGCUUCCUCUUGGCAGCUAUGUCCUAUGACCGCUAUGUUGCUGUUUGUCAUCCACUGAGAUACCCAGUCCUCAUGAGUUGGAAAUUAUGCCUCAGUAUGAUUUUGGGAUCUUGGUUCCUUGGCACAGCUGAUGGGCUCAUGCAGGCUGCUGCUACCCUGAAUUUCUCAUUUUGCAGUGCCCGAGAGAUUGAUCAUUUCUUUUGUGAGGCCCCCACUCUGGUGCGUUUAGCUUGUGCUGACACUUCUGUCUUUGAGUAUGUCAUGUACAUCUGCUGUGUGUUAAUGCUCCUGAUCCCCAUUUUCCUCAUCUUGAUCUCCUAUUGUCUCAUCCUUGCUGCUGUUCUCCAGAUGCAUUCUAAUGAAGCCCGCAAGAAGGCAUUUGCCACCUGCUCUUCACACCUGUCUGUGGUGGGACUCUUUUUUGGAGCUGGCAUUUUUACCUACAUGAGACCUAAAUCCUACAGGUCAGCUAACUACAGUAAGGUUGUGUCAGUGUACUAUACUAUCUUCACCCCUGUGCUGAACCCCCUCAUCUAUAGUCUGAGGAACAGUGAGGUCAAGGGAGCUCUACAAAAGUGUAUGGAUCGAUGUGCUGCCUGUGAAUAA